GCGGGCGGCCGCGGGGCAUGAGGCGGGGGCGCGAUGUCGGUGCCGCUGCUCAAGAUCGGGGCGGUGCUGAGCACCAUGGCCAUGGUCACCAACUGGAUGUCGCAGACGCUGCCCUCGCUCGUGGGGCUCAACGGCACCGUGUCCCGCGCGGGCGCCUCCGAGAAAAUCACCCUCUUCCAAAGCCCCGAGGAAGGCUGGCAGCUGUACACCUCGGCCCAGGCCCCUGACGGGAAAUGCAUCUGCACGGCUGUGAUCCCUGCGCAGAGCACCUGCUCCCGCGAUGGCCGGAGCCGGGAGCUGAGGCAGCUGAUGGAGAAGGUCCAGAACGUCUCCCAGUCCAUGGAGGUCCUUGAGCUGCGGACGUACCGUGACCUCCAGUAUGUGCGCAGCAUGGAGACCCUCAUGCGAAGCCUGGACGCACGACUCCGGGCGGCCGAUGGGUCCUUGUCAGCCAAGAAUUUCCAGGAGCUGAAGGACAGGAUGUCGGAGCUGCUGCCUCUGAGUUCAGUGCUGGAGCAGUACAAGGCAGACACGCGGACCAUCGUGCGCCUGCGGGAAGAAGUGAGGAAUCUCUCCAGCAGCCUUGCCGCCAUCCAGGAGGAGAUGGGCGCCUAUGGGUACGAGGACCUGCAGCAGCGGGUGAUGGCCCUGGAGGCCCGGCUCCAUGCCUGCGCUCAGAAGCUCGGCUGUGGGAAGCUGACUGGGGUCAGUAACCCCAUCACCAUUCGGGCGAUGGGAUCCCGCUUCGGCUCCUGGAUGACUGACACGAUGGCCCCCAGUGCGGACAGCCGGGUCUGGUACAUGGAUGGCUAUUAUAAAGGCCGGCGGGUCCUGGAGUUCCGCACUCUGGGAGACUUCAUCAAAGGCCAGAACUUUAUCCAGCACCUGCUGCCCCAGCCGUGGGCGGGCACGGGCCACGUGGUGUACAAUGGCUCCCUGUUCUACAACAAGUACCAGAGCAACGUGGUGGUCAAGUACCACUUCCGCUCGCGCUCCGUGCUGGUGCAAAGGAGCCUCCCGGGGGCCGGCUACAACAACACCUUCCCCUACUCCUGGGGCGGCUUCUCGGACAUGGACUUCAUGGUGGACGAGAGCGGGCUCUGGGCCGUCUACACCACCAACCAGAACGCGGGCAACAUCGUGGUCAGCCGGCUGGACCCGCACACCCUCGAGGUCGUGCGGUCCUGGGACACCGGCUACCCCAAGCGCAGCGCCGGCGAGGCCUUCAUGAUCUGUGGUGUGCUCUAUGUGACCAACUCCCACCUGGCCGGGGCCAAGGUCUACUUCGCCUACUUCACCAACACGUCCAGUUACGAGUACACAGACGUGCCCUUCCACAACCAGUACUCCCACAUCUCCAUGCUGGAUUACAACCCCCGGGAGCGGGCUCUGUACACCUGGAACAAUGGCCACCAGGUGCUCUACAACGUCACCCUCUUCCACGUCAUCAGCACCGCCGGGGACCCCUGAGGGCCACAGCGGCUCAGGCUGCCACCCAAGGGCCGGGGCCCUUCUAUUCUACCCACGUCCCUUACUCUUUGUCUCUGUGCUGCCCUCUCUCUCCCCUCUCCUGUAUGUUUUUUUCUCCCCCUCCCUUUUG